AAGAACUGGAGACAUAUAUCAUCAUCAUCAUCAAGUUCCUCUCUGUUGCCAAUAUUUAGAAAAGCAGCACAGUAUAAAGAUGCUGUGGCAGUUACUGACCAGCACGGAGAACAUACUUAUGGACACAUUCAUAAAUUAAGGUAGGAAGAGUGAAUGAGUUACUGUAUCUACAACUCUGCAUAUAACAUCACAUAUAGUACGUACAUAUAUUUUUUUCGUUGAAAGUUUACCCCUAAAAAAUAUUGCACUGAUAUAUUUUUGCAUUGGAAAUCAAUUUAUUUUCUAUGCCUUAUUUAAAUUUUAGCCAUUAUUUUCAUUUCAUAGCAAUACAUACUGUGCAUGCAACAAUGUGUAUAUAAAUGAGCAUUUCAUGUAUGAAGAUAUACUGUAAAUGUUUAGGUUUGUCAUGUCAGUUCAAAUGACUAAGUAAAAAAUGAUCAAGUUUUUUGGCAUUUUAAGCCUUUAUUUUUUUCCCCUUGAUGACUUAUUCCUUGUUCUUUUUAUAUAUUAUUGAACUUUAUUUCUGGCAGUUUAAACAUCAAGAUAUCAAGAUGAGGCUUGAAGGCUGUGCAACUUGCAUAAACAAUGGUGCAACUUGCCUGGAAUGAACCCAUAAUGCACAGAAACAUGGGACAGCUUAUAAGUCCUCUUAUGAAUAAAGCACAGUAGUACAAAGAAUUACUCCAAGCCUAGCUUCUCCAUGCAGUUAGCUAUGCUUUCCUGGACUUUUUGGACAAGUUAGUGGACAUUUGGCCUGGCGAAUUCAGGAUGUGCUUGGCAAAGGUUCGGGACAGCACCGCGUCGCUUUUCUCUGUCCCAGUGACGUUUCAUACGUGAUCACGCAAUGGGCCACUUGGAUGGCUGGUCACGUUGCCGUGCCUCUUUACCCCAAACAUCCACCGUCCGAAUUGGAGUAUUUUGUUCGAGACAGCGAAGCUUCCAUCAUUGUUACAACAUCUGAAUUAACCAAUAAGAUCAAACCUAUUCUCUCUGGACAGCAGGUCAUAGUCCUGGAGGAGUUUUUCUUCAAGCCAUCCACUCCUGAAGACAACUCCAAAGUUCAGGCUAUGCCCAAAGAGGAAAACUUUCAAGUUGAUUACGGUCGAGACAAUGAUUUCUACUCAAUCAAUGAUGCAUUAAUUAUCUACACCAGUGGCACUACUGGCCGCCCUAAGGGUGUGGUCCUGACUCACAAGAAUCUGUUAUCACAAAUAAGUUGUCUUCAUCAGGCUUGGGGCUUGAGCUCUGGUGAUGCCAUCCUCCAUUGCCUGCCUCUCCACCACACACACGGCAUUGUUAAUGCUCUCCUCUCUCCCCUCUAUGUUGGUGCCAGGGUUGUGAUGCUACCGCAGUUUUCAGCAGCUGCUGUAUGGAGCAAGCUAUUGUCACUCGACACACCCGUCCAGUCACGAGUCAACCUCUUUAUGGCAGUGCCAACAAUGUAUGCCAAACUUAUUGAAGAAUAUGAUAAUAAAUUGGUUAAAAAUACUCGUAUGCAAGAAUACGUAAAAUCCGUCUGUAUUCAAAACAUCAGACUUAUGGUGAGUGGUUCAGCAGCAUUACCAGAACCAGUCCAUGAGCGUUGGCAGCAGAUUACAGGGCAUACUCUUUUAGAACGUUAUGGAAUGACUGAAAUUGGCAUGGCACUCUCUAAUUCUUUGAAGGGCACUCGUAAGCCAGGAUUUGUUGGAAACCCAUUGCCUGGAACUGAAGUGUGCAUAGCAAAAUUUCUCCCUGGGACGGACAAAUAUGAAGUGUUAUGCUAUGGAAAUUCUCAUGGAACUGAAGUAAUGUUGAAAGAGAAUACAGAGCCUGGAGAGUUGCUAGUACGUGGGCCAAAUGUUUUUAAAGAAUACUGGAAGAACUCCGAGGCAACCUUGAAGGAAUUUACUCACGAUGGCUGGUUUAGAACAGGUGACACAGCACAGUAUGUCGAUGGAGCAUACAAGAUUCUUGGACGCACCAGUGUGGAUAUAAUAAAGAGCGGAGGCUUUAAGAUUUCUGCACUUGAUGUAGAGCGCCAUCUUCUUAGCCAUCCGAACAUUUCAGAUGUUGCAGUUGUGGGCAUUCCAGAUAUCACUUGGGGUCAAAAAGUGGCAGCUGUAGUUGUGUGGUCAGGUCAGGAAACAUUAGAUCAACUUGAGUUAAAAAAAUGGGGACUAAAGCUAAUGCCACACUAUCAAAUUCCUUCGGUAGUAGUUACUGCGACAAAUGGUCUUCCUCGUAACAACAUGGGAAAAGUUAAUAAGAAGCAAAUUUUAAAAGACUUCUUUCCAUGAAGAUAAAGCCUGCCUCAGUUUUAUUUGCCAUUAUCAAUAUUACCUUAAUUUAAAGUGUUUAUGAAAAAAUUGUAGGAGGUAAACCUAAAAUUUUAAGUGCUGACUUUGUUAACUCUCUGGCUGCGACAGUCGUUGAAUGUCACCAAAUUCAUAACCACUUCUGUACCGUUUUGAUGCAUUGCGUUACAUCCCUAAGAAUUUUCAACUUGAGUCUUGAGCAGUCGGCUAUGAAUGUGAAUGGAAACUGGUUACAAUUAAUAACCAGAUGCUGGUGAGCAUGGGUUGGCAGUGGCUCUUCUUCCAUUUCCUCUUCAAAACAAAGAGCCUUCCUUAUGUGCAGUAGUUAUUUUUUCCGUUUAUGAAAUGAACAUUACUCCCAACUGAUGAUAUUUGAUCUUUUCUCUAAAAUACAGUAGCGUCCCUGAAUUUGAAUGCUCAGUGCACUUCUCAAAAUGAUUCCCAUUUCAGACAUUUAACUACACAGCCAAAGAAUUAAAUAAGUUUAGCAUAAAAGAGCUAGAUGGUUUAUCUUCAGUAUGUGUCAAGGAAGCAAAUGGCAGACUAAUGUAUAUUAAAAUACAGUAUUGUAAAAAUACUUAUUUUUUUCAUGUUUCAGGUUCAAUGUCUAAUAAUGGUUUAUGUAGCUGGUUAGCAUUGUAAAUGUGUGGCCACGUCUGUGGUAAAAAAAAAUAAAAAUAAAAAUAAAAUGGUUUAUUUGGAAAAAAAAGGCACACUAAUGUGCAUCCAUGCCUACAAGUUGCACACACUGUACACCCACAUACAGAACAUUAAAUGCAAAUUUAACAUCAGAGGCACUCAUAACUGAUCCUCCCUAAUUGGCCAGUGUCCAGAUUGUCUUCAGGAACUUGGACAAAGGAACAUUUUGAAGAUUGUAUACAAUCUUUUGAAUCUGCGUCUGUGAUAGAUUAAGACCUGAAAACCUUAAUUACAGGCACUUUGGGGUCCAUCUCAUCAUUUGCUGCUGGUUAAAUUUUGUAAAGCCCUUAUUUGAAAUAGCUUUCACUAAACUUUGUAUCAUCACAAAUAUGCCUAGUUAAACAAUGGUUUAGUGCCAGUGUCCAUUUUGUGACAGUAACCUUUUCCUCUGAUGCCCACUGAAUGGGUGUGGGGUGCAUGAUAUAGAAAUACAGUGUGAACCAAAUAUAAAUGCAUGUAGCUCAGCACCAAUGUGAGUGCUGAGCUUCUCUUCAUUAUCAAAAAAAAGCAUCAAGCUUGGGAGACUAUGCAGCAUAAGCUUAAACAACUUUGAGGUCCUGAAUCCAUUGUGUGACGGAUCUUUUUGUAUAUGUUAACAAAUCUUGUAACUACAGUAGUUCAUCAAUGCUAUGUGUAUAUCUCUUUAGCUAAACAAAUAUUGGGUUCAGUUACUAAGUGCCACUCAAAGAAUAAAUAUGAGGUGCAUAUUAAAUGAUUUAAUCAAAACUUUUAAUUGUGAAUAAAGUGUUGUAUUCAGCUAGAUGCUGUAAGGAUGUAAUUAAGCUAGUUUUGAAAGAUAAAAUUAAAGAUUCCACAAGCA